UGUCCUCACUUGGCACGGACAGGAACCAGGUUAGACUUUCUCAAAGGCAGCUGAAGCCUGUAGCUGCGCAGAAAAAAAAAAAGAAACCAAAAAAAAAMCAACCAGAAAAAGAGACAAUUUCUCUAUGAGACAGACACUAAGAUAACUUCGCAUUGAAGUGUUUCUCAUGUUUUCUUCUGAUAGUAUUCCCAGUUGGACAGAAAAUACCUGAAUCUGCUUGGAUCAUGAGGAAGACAAAGCAUUCCUGGGCAGCCUUCAUGGGAGGAGACAACAAGAAGAGAGAGAAAAUGGCUGGGGAAAAAGCAAGAAUACUGCCCAAGGCCACACAUGAGGAGAGAAAGAAGCAGGAGGCAAAGAGGAAAAGGAAAUUGGAAACCUUGGCAGGCAAAUUGCUGAAGACUGUGGUUGGUGGGAAGGAGAUGGUGGAGAAGGCUGGUGCUGAGGWUGUGGCAGGGAAUUUGCUGAAGAUGCCAACCAGUAGGAAGGGAGUGGAGAGAAGGGUACCUGCAGAGGAAAUCAUCUGCAGAUUCAUGGAGCAAGGAAAAUUUCUGGAAGCUUGUGAUCAGAUUUAUGAUCUGGAGCAUUCUGGAAAUGAUGGUGUAGGAAAGUCUGAAUCACUUUAUGCUCUGCUGGCUGAACGAAUGUGGACUGUAGUGAGAGAAGCACUCAGUAGAAGUGAUAGGAUGAUCCUGGAGCCAUUGCAGUCAGUGGGGGAAUCACUGAAGUGGGAGAAGCAGAAGGAAGCAGAGUGGCUUCGCAACAGCGUAGAGAYGGAGUCUGUUUCCACCUGGAGUCCAAACUUCUGGAGAAAAGAUCUGGAGGAAAAACUAAUGCAGUACAUGACAGCGCAGAUUCCCCUGUUUGGUUCCUCUACUAACACAGAUGAGACUGCACUAAAACAGCACCUGAACCAUCUGGAAAUGACAUUUCUCCCCAGRCUGGAGCACAGAAGUGAUAUCUUCAAGGAAGCAGGACUGCUCGUCACCUACGAGCGCUGCUGUCAUGCCUCUUUGUGUUCUCAUCUCUCCACACUUACUGACAGUAACUGUUUCAGCUUCAGCCAAUGYCUUUUAAUUUAUGAAUGGGGCAUCAAAAUGUACAAAAGCGGCAGCCAGGCAUGUGUGAGACCCGGGCACAUCCCCCAGCACAGCCUUCCCCUUGGCGCACAGUGCCUCGUGUGGAUUAUUUUGAAGACUGAGGAAAAGUUACUUGCGAUUGCACGGAAGGAAGUAGGCAAAGCACUAAAAGAAGCCUUUGAUAUUGGGAAACCCCCUUGUGCAGAAGCUGCAGCCAUUGAGAUACUAACAGAGAAGACAGAGACUGCCAGGAGAGUCAGCGAGAGCCUGAGCGAGAAGGUGGAAGCUGAGUGCCUGGAGGAGUGUCUGAGGUUCCUGGAGAGYUAUGAAGAUGAAGUAAGAAGCUUUCUCCAGCUUGAUGUCUGCCCACAGAUCUGCAGCAGCUUACGAAUCCUGGAGAAUUGCUGCCUUCUCAGAACUGUCUGGCAUAAGCUAACAUACAUUUGCAGCAUCAGCACUGGCCAGAAUGUUAAGGCMAAUGGAUUUCUAGACAGGAUGGAAGAUGACAUUAUGGAGCAUUUUCUACAGACCAUCACUUCUGAAGUCAAGGGAACACUAAAGGACCACUUCAAAAAGUGUGACAGUGGUUUUGACCUUUUCCUUGAAUCCUUAAAGCAAAGCUUUUUGACCUUUGGGAAGAAAAAACCAGAUAUAUAUGAGGCCCUCGUCAAGGCUGUCAAUGCCAUCAUUAUUACAGAAUACAUGCAAGCCCUCCUGACCACUCCCAGGAAACCAUCUUCUGUGCAGAGGAAGAGGAUUGUCAACAAGAUAGAAGAAGAUUAUAGGAUGAUGCAAACCAUCUUUAGAGAGUGCUUAGGUUCUGCAGCUGGUUCUCUGAAGGAUCCCAUAAAACCAAUUUUAGAACUUAUUCAAACUUCUGAUGCUGAGGGGAUGAAAAUAGCACUUCUGCCCAUUCUAAAAGAAUUUCCUGAGCUCAGGAAGGAACAUCUGAGUGCAGUGCUGGACAUCAAAGACUCCCUCAGCCGAGAAGACAGAGUUGCUCUCUUGAAGGCAUUUGACGAAAAUUGCAGGGAAUUGGAAACAGAAGCAAACUUGCUUUUUGCAGAUAUAGAAGUAAAAAGUAGAAAAUAUGGGCUCUGUGGCUGCCUCUGCUGCUAGCAAAGGCCUGCUGUGAGAAACAUGAGGCCUUGCUCCCAUGUGCCAGCAUCUGCCAUCACAACUCCCUGAARGCUUCACAUGCAGCUGGAUGCAUGGAGAAUCCUGUCAGCCAUGGAAGACACAAUUCCUGCACUUUUGCAGGAAAACCGUGUGGCUCAAAUCCUAAUCUUACAUGUAAAGUCCAAGAGGAAGAUUAAUUGGAUACGGUAGAAAGACAUUUCUUCAAAAUUUCCUACAGAUGAGUCGUGGUGRUUAUUCCCAGGAUAUGGCAUGGUGGCAAGUGUGGAGGAGGAAGAAGGUUUCCCCUCACCAGAUUCCUCUCUGUUUCCAUCCCUUGUUCCAUGAAAUCUCUAAUGAAACCAGGGACUGCUGUACCACAUGGUGUCCCAGCAUUGCAACCUCCCGAGGGAACCAGGACCUCUGUUAAGGAAUCUUGCCUGGCUGUUUGUGCUGGCAGUGCCCACAGGUYUGGGCACCUUGGUCCACCCCCCAAAGCCUGACGUGCACCAGAAGGAUGCAGACAGAGCCAUCUCUUCCCUCUCUCAUGAAGGCUGUGACCUGCUUUGGGGGUAGCCUGCCAUGUGAGCGGUGGGAUGGGGAGUCCUUCCUGUACGAGUUUUACAGCUGGCUCUGGAGCAUAGUCUUGAAUUGGUUUUCAUACCUCAGUUACUGGAAAUUUCCUCUUAGAGAGGGAGGGGAAAGCCUCAUGGGAAGCAGGCAGUGAAAGGAGUGUUUGUCCCAGCCUCUGGGCAAGGUCUUUGCUAGUUUUCAGAUGUAAAUAGGCCAUUCCGAGGGGAAAACACCAACUUUUCUUCCUGGUUAUCUAUGGACUGGUCACAGCUUCCAAGCUGGAUAUGGUUCAAGGCCCUCCUUUGUUACUCUGUGAAUAUAGGCCAUUGCUGCUCCUCUCUCCUCUCACCAUAAACAAGCAAAAAAACCUGUACCUCAGAUGUGCCAGUGCUUUUCUGAGCAGCCAUUCUCUCUCAAGUCUACUUUCCUAACAAGAAAAGGGAAAAUUUGUGCAUAACCUAUCAACGUAUGUGGCAGUGGACAUGUYAUGCCCUGGUACCCUGGGAAAUGCAGACCCAGCUGGGUGCUGCCAUGUUCUGCUGCCACAUUCCAUCACCCCAGGGACACAGGUGUCCCAUUCCAGAGCCCUGCAUGCAGAUGGGGUCCUGUGGGCUGRACAGGAGCCAGGGCAGGUUUGUGAUGGUCAUUAGCUUUGCUCCUGGCGCUGUUCUGUGUGAGUGUGGGGUGAGUGUCAGAGGAGCAGGAAGAAACAGGUUGCUUCAUCUCCAGGGAGUCCUCUGUGUGCUUUCAGGGCACCAGAAGACCUUGGAACUGUUACACUUCAUCUCUCACGUCACUAAAGGGCAGUGACAGCGAGUGUCCCAUGGCCUGCCUGCCCUUCCUGACUGCACGGCUGCUCCAAAGACCAGCUCUGGUGUCCCUCACAUUUCAGCUGUCCAUUAUGGCUUCAGUGAGACCUUCUCUGGAUCUGGGAAGGCUGGGGGAGCUGGGGGAGCUGCAGCCUGGCUGGGUGGGUAUGGAUUGGACUGCAGGACUGGAUGGGCACCUGCCUCCCAAAGGUUGCCAGCCCUGCCAGGCACACUGGGCCAGUCACCCUUCCCUCCUGCUGAAUUGCAYGUUUUUUCAAGGGUGGGAAGGGAUGACAGAACUGAAUGACAGAUCCUAUUGUGACAGCAGGGUCRGGGUCAGCCUCUGCCAAAGGGGAUUUCAAGCAACAAGCCUUCCAGAGAAAAUAAAUAAAACCCUCUCUGACAUUUUGAUCACUGUCAGGCUAAAAAUAAUCCCUCAGCAUGCGGACACUCUGGCCAUGUACACAUCGAUGUCCAUGUGUGUCUGUGCCAUUUGACAUCCACAGCGUGACAAGGGUGUGCUCUGCCUGGAAUCAGCAGCUGGGAGCCCUGAGGGAUGCCAGACUUGCCAUCGCUGUGUGUGGAUCAAUGGGGUUUUGUGGCAGCAAGUUUCUACACCGUGUGUGAAGCAUCCAGUCAUGGAGAGACCAAAUAAAGUCUUCAG